GUGCUGCCUAUGGGUUAGGAGCUAUCCAAGCCGCCACCACUCGGACCACCCUUGUCGCAAGCACACAACACGCACACACACUUGUCACCAAGGUUAACCCCACCAUAGAGGUCGAGAUCACAACUUAUUCUCGGGCCGCUCAAAAAUUCUCCUCCUCAUCCAGCAUCAUAUUAGGCUAUCGGCAAAUUUCCGGCGGCGCAAACCACCUAUUGAGGAUCCAGGCUCUCGCGGCGGUGGCUGCAUAUACAUUCAUUUGAAACAUUUAAAUUAUUACACUUAGGCAGUUCAGCAUACAAGACCGCCAAGAUGUCGUUAACAAACUGCCGCUUCUAUGAGGAGAAGUAUCCGGAGAUUGACAGCUUUGUCAUGGUCAAUGACAUUUAGAUUGCCGACAUGGGCGCUUAUGUCAAGCUGCUUGAGUAUGAUGGGAUUGACGGCAUGAUCCUACUUUCCGAGCUUUCGAGGCGUCGUAUCCGAAGUAUCCAGAAACUGAUUCGGGUUGGUCGCAAUGAGGUUGUCGUGGUGCUGCGUGUCGACAAGGAGAAGGGAUACAUCGAUCUGUCGAAGCGUAGAGUAUCGCAGGAGGAUAUCGUCAAAUGCGAGGAGAGGUACAACAAAAGCAAGAUGGUACACUCGAUCAUGCGGCACGUUGCCGAGAAGACUCUCGUCCCCAUCGAGAGCCUGUACGAGGCGAUCGCCUGGCCGUUGAACCGCAAAUAUGGCCAUGCCAUUGAUGCUUUCAAGCUCUCAAUAACGAAUCCCGAGGUGUGGGAAGACACCACUUUCCCGAGUGAGGCAGUUGCGGAGGAGCUCAAGUCAUAUAUCAGCAAGCGGUUGACGCCGCAACCGACCAAGGUGCGAGCCGAUGUUGAAGUCACCUGCUUCGCCUACGACGGCAUCGACGCCAUCAAGACAGCUUUGAGGACGGCCGAGGCGCGCAACACACAAGACAACCAGGUCAAGGUCAAGCUCGUCUCUCCUCCACUUUACGUUCUUACCAGCACAUGCUUGGACAAGAGCUUGGGAAUUGCGCGAUUGGAAGAGGCGAUCGUUGAUAUUAGGACCAGCAUUGAGUCAGCUGGAGGCAAGUUGAUCGUCAAGAUGGAGCCCAAGGCCGUCACCGAAUCCGACGACGCCGAGCUGCAAGCACUCAUGGAGAAGCGCGAGCGCGAGAAUGCUGAGGUCAGUGGUGAUGAGAGCGUCAGCGACAGUGACGACAACAUGCCAGAGACGAUGUAAAAUGCAGCAACUGGCAUGAAGGUAGGGUCAGGUCAGGUCAGGUGCAAAGUGACCCUCUGGAAUGCAGCCAACGGAACUCUGAUGUACGGGACGCUUUUGGUCACAUGGCUGGUCCCAAAUUAUCGCAGGAGGGCUACUAGUGAAGCUCUUCAAGGAAUAUGAGGAACGCAAUGGAAUGGUAGACUUUUUUUUUCUCUCUAUUUUUGUAGACUGCGUACUUGAUGCAUAUCGGGGGUUUUCAAAAGCGUUGAUGUGUUUUUAAGGGGCAAUGAACAUUAUGAGCACAAAUCCCCAUCAAGGCAUGUCGAAUUGGUCAUAAACUUUCCUAGGCUGAAACUCCCUCAAGCGAAUCAGGUGUGGUUGAGCUUGCGGCAAUUGUUGAGGUCGAGGCAUUGGAUUUCAACGAAGAGGCGAAGUGAAUGAGUUAGAUGUUCACAGCGCUUUCGCCAUUGCUGAGAAAGUAAUAUCUUGGGGGAAACAAAAAAAAUCUUGCGGCCGUUAUAGAAUGGAUAAUGGGCAACAUUGUGAGUCUGAAUGUUUGAAUUCCCAUGUUACCUGCGUAAGCCUUGGUUCAAUACCUGUCACUCAGCAAAGAAAAAAAAAUUGUAUUUCUCCCAUUUCAUUUGAAAAGUCUUCGUGACUUUACGGCCCUCAACGAUUCUUUGAUUUCAACGCCCAUGGCGCUUGGAUUUGCGUGGGCGCGCGCGAGGGCGAGGGCAUGGGCAGCCCGUCCUGGCUUCACUUUUGCACAAAACUUCUCAAUCUCAUUGUUACGAUAUCUCACAUGGCUGCCGGUCGCAAUUGUUUUUACAUCCAACGUCGCGGAACCUUAUAAAAUUGCCGGCCCCUCCAUGUACCCUUUCUUUAACAAGGAGAGAAAUGAGACUCGACUUCAAGACUGGUGUAUGAACUGGAAGUGGAACGCGCAGGAUGACCUUCAACGGGGCAUGAUUGUUGUUUUCUGGAACCCUCUAAAACCGGAGUCAAGAAGCGUGAAGAGGAUAGUGGGCUUGGAAGGGGACAUUGUCAGGAAUCGUGACUCCGACGUCUGGGUUAGAGUACCCGUUGGUCACAUUUGGGUAGAGGGGGACGCUGGAUCCCGCGAUUCUCGCGACAGCAACUACUACGGUCCCAUCUCAGCGCGGCUCAUCAUCGGGCGCUUGACGCGCAUUUUGUUCCCAUUCCACCGGGCGGGUAGUAUUACCUGGCAGGACCACCCGGAGAACCCUAGAGUAAUCAAAACUCAAGAGGUGAUUUCGCACCUGUUAUUACACGACUUGACACUUGUUGGUCCCGGCCGCGCGCAGACGGCACCCAUCGAGCCGUUUUACAGGGACAUGUCCCUCGGCGCCACCGUUCCCGGCUCCGAAUCUGCGCAAACCCAUCCUUUCUCGCCAGCUUCGCCCGACCAUGCAAGACCCAGGACAGUAUCGAAUUAUUCGGCGGACACAACUUUUGGAAGCAACCAUAAUAUGAGCCCUAAAAAUGGCGAGUUUGAGGCGCGACCGCCGUAUCUGCACUCCAUGCUGGCUGGUGGCCUGGGUGGAACAUGUGGUGAUAUGCUGAUGCACUCCCUGGAUACUGUCAAGACGCGGCAGCAGGGUGAUCCCCAUAUACCGCCCAAGUACACUUCCCUAGGCUCGUCUUACUAUACCAUCUUUCGGCAAGAAGGAAUACGGCGAGGUCUGUACGGGGGCUGGCUGCCCGCCCUCUGUGGCUCCUUUCCGGGGACGGUACUUUUCUUUGGUACCUAUGAAUUCAGCAAGAGACACAUGCUGGACUGGGGUGUCCAGUCGCACAUUGCCUACCUCGCAAGUGGCUUUUUCGGCGAUCUCGCUGCUUGCGUCGUCUAUGUACCAUCCGAAGUAUUGAAGACGCGGCUACAACUUCAAGGACGAUACCAAAAUCCCUACUUCAACUCGGGAUACAACUACAGGGGUACAGUGGAUGCAGCCCGGACUAUAGUUAGGCAAGAAGGCUUUUCCGCUCUCUUCUACGGGUUCCAGGCGACACUUUACCGAGAUCUGCCAUUUUCGGCAUUGCAGUUCAUGUUUUACGAGCAAAACCAAAUAUGGGCUCGGAAAUGGAAGAAGAGUCGCGAAAUCGGGCCGCACCUGGAAUUUUUAACUGGUGCAGCUGCAGGAGGCCUGGCGGGUGCCAUUACAUGCCCCCUAGACGUGGUCAAAACACGGUUGCAAACACAGCUUCAUCCCGAGGCAGUCGCUCCGGCUAAGGGUGAGAGUUCUCUCGCGGCCCAGUCGCUGCUGAACAAUCUCAAGGAACCGCCCAACAAACAUAUAUCCGAGCCGGCCGGUAGCCCGGGAUCUUCCGCACAACCACAAAAACGUCUCAUUUCAACUUCAUCACCAUCUACACACACUCCUCGUGCGGGCGCGGCAGCCCUUGAGACCUCUUCCGUCCUGACCGGCCUGAAGGUCAUUUACAGGACGGAGGGCAUCGGAGGCUGGUUCAGGGGUGUCGGACCUCGCUUUGUUUGGACUAGCGUCCAAAGCGGCUGCAUGCUUUUCCUUUAUCAAGCCGUACUACGGCAACUAGAGACCUAUAUGCCAAUUGAGAAGCCCGAGCUGGCUUCAACAUAGAGAAGGCAGGGGUUCGUCAAGAUGAGACAAUUGCUUCGGAGCAUGUUGUUUUCUUGAUCUGUACAAAAUAAUGUGCAAACUUUGUGGAGAAUAUGGAGAGGCGUUUCAUGGAUAGAGGGUACUAGACCGACGCAGCGCGCUAGAAAAAUCUUCGCUUUGUGAUAUAUGUAUGAUUAUAAGACCGCUGUACAUUGCCGAGACGUUGAAUGGUGC